CGUCGACUUAAGGCACAGUGAGUGCUGUGUCGAGGACUGGGAGGCAGUGAUAGCCAGCGGUUCAUAGCAAUAGGACUGCAAUAAAAGCGCAUAAAAGCCGGCGAAACACCACUUCUCCUCUCUUUCUCGUCAUUUAAAACUAAAUUUAAUUUUUACUCUCAUUUUGUUUCUUAUUAUUUAUUAUUCAAAUUAAUAGUUAAUAUAAAAGUUGUAUUUAUUUCUAAUUAUAUCGCAAUUGAAUUGAUAACAAAAAAGCAAUUUAUAAGUCAUUUUGAAAACACGCUUUCAUUCAUCCGUUUGUGAUAACAAAGCAAUCGUUUCCUUCAUUAACCCAAAAGACAUUUAACUCCCGAAGAAGACAUGUAUUCAACGACAGGUUUAUUAGUAUUAUUGGUGUCAGUCGUGGGCCUCGCGAUGGCGUCGGACGUAUUGGACCUGAGCUCCGGUGACUUCAAGGCGACCGUCGGACAGCACGACACCAUUUUGGUGGAGUUCUUCGCCCCCUGGUGUGGACAUUGCAAACGACUGGCCCCCGAGUACGAGACGGCCGCCACCAGUCUCAAGAACAAUGACCCGCCCGUCCCUCUCGCCAAGGUCGACUGUACCACCGAUGCCGGCAAAGAUAUCUGUUCCGAGUAUGGAGUCACUGGCUAUCCCACGCUUAAGAUCUUUAAAGGCGGCGACUUUGCGUCCGAAUACGGCGGACCCCGAGAGGCCGAUGGCAUCGUUAAGUACAUGCGAUCACAGGUGGGACCCGCUUCCAGACUCGUCGAAAGUCGCGCCAAAUUAGAGGAGGCAUUGAGUAAAGCGAAGGAAGUGAUCGUUUUGGGAGUUUUUGAAAAGGACGACAAGUCUGCAGUUCAGACCAAAUUCCAGAAGAUUGCCGACAAAUUGCGCGAAACCGUUAACUUUGUCCACGUCUUCACCGAUUCCGUCGCCGACGUGUUUGAUCUGAAGGUUUUCGCGGACCUGAAGGCCAAGAAGGCGCCGACCAUUCUUCUCGUCCGACCCAAAGAGCUUAAGAAUAAGUUCGAGUCAAAUGUGGUUCAGUAUAGCGAUGGCGAUGUCGAGGAGUUCAUAAAAACUAAUUUCCACGGAAUCGUUGGCGUCAGGACUCAGAACAACAACCAGGACUUCAAGGUAAUGAUGGACUGGAGUAGUGAUUGUGUGAUUGCAUUGACAACCGGGUCUUCGCCACACUAAUAGCGGUGAAUCAUUACCACAUUAGUGCCAGAAAUCUAUGAUUUAAAGACCAAUAUUAAUAUAUCGCU